AUGCAAAUAUUUCCGCGUACCUGUUCCGAGGCCGACGACACAAGAGACGUUUUAUCCCCGUCCCGCGCAGUCAUCGUCAUCGUUGUCGUCCAGCCAUCAGCUAUAGCACAUGGUAUAUACCCGUGGUACUCUGGUCCUAUACACUUUGGUAAUAGAGGCACCGUCGACGUGCGUGUCGAAAGACGAUUAGCUCCGGGGCCGAUGAUAAAUCGUCGUGCGGGUGGAAUGGCAGUGGGUCAGGAAGUUUUUACGGGUCGUCCGCGAGAAUGGAAGAAAACAGCCAUGGGUGGGAAAGGGGGGGCGAUGGUUAUUUGA